AUGGAGACCCGAUCGCAGGCAGGCUGCAGGCAACAAGGGAACUCUUUCUUUUUUUUUUUUUUCUUCAAACUUCUGUUGCAUGGGCUUUGCUCCAACACCACAGUCAAAUCUUUGGAUUUGAAGGGAAAUAACCUGCGAAUCGUAGGAGCAGAGGCUUUGGGAAAACUUCUUAGGCAGAACAAAUCCAUCAGAAGCUUAAUCUUGGAAUGGAACAGCCUGGGCAUGUGGGAGGAGGGCUUUUCCUUUUUCUGCCAGGGACUGGGAGCAAACAGCUUUCUCCAGCGGCUAGAUCUGCGCAAUAACCAGAUCAACCAUCAAGGGGCAGGAGAGCUGGCCAUGGCACUGAAACAAAAUGCCAGCCUGCAGGAGCUAGAUUUACGCUGGAAUAAUAUUGGACUUUUGGGUGGCCGAGCUUUGCUGAACUGCCUGCAGAGCAACAAGACCCUGAAGAGGCUGGAGCUGGCUGGGAACAAUGUUCCCAGUGACAUCCUGAAGGCUGUGGAGCAAGCCUUGGAUCACAACCAAGACCGUCAGACAAUCCUCAGUGAGACCCGCAGUCGAACCCACGUGCUCAGCAAGGAGGUUCUGAGUCUGAAGAAUGAGAAGGCCAAGCAGUUCUUGGAUUUGAUGGACACCAUAGACAAACAGAGAGAAGAAAUAACCAGGAGCAGCAGGAUGUCUGCAGCACGAGUCAGCCAGCUGCAGGAAGCACUGGAUGAGCAGCACUCUAUUAUGAAUUCACUGAAAGCCAAGCUGCAGAUGACUGAAGCUGCCCUGGCUCUGUCUGAGCAGAAGGUGCACAGCUUGGGAGAGCUGCUCAGUGCCAUGAAACAGGAACAAACUAGCAUGGCUGAGCGCCACCUUAAGGAGCUCCAGCAGCAAAAACAGGAAGGUGCUGAUCGGGAAGGCAAGCUUUUCCGGGAGUUGUCUGCUGCCAGUGAGAAGAACCUGCUUCUAAGAAACCAGGUGGAUGAGUUGGAGAAGAAGUGCAAAGUCCAACAGGAUCAGCUCUUCCAGGUAAAACAGGACUUGACCAACACAACCGCAGAGUUGAAGCUUCGGGCUGUGCAGGCUGAGGAACGCUUAGAAGUGGAGAAGAGAAGAUUUAAACAAAACCUUGAAGACAUGGAAUCCCUUCGAUUAAAAGAGGUGGAUCAUAUGACACAGCACAUUGAGGCCAGUGAACGUUCUAUGCAAGAGAGGAUCCAGAGGCUGGAGGCCAUCAGGAGAGCUCUGGAGGAGGAGCUGAGCCAAGUCAAAGCAGCUGCACUUACUGAGCGAGGCCAGGCGGAGGAGGAGUUAAUAAAAGUCCGUAAUCAGGCACGGUUGGAGGAGCAACAACGACUAGAACACCUAGAAGAAAAGCUGCGGCUGAUGACCGAGUCACGGGAUGAAGCUCAGAACUGUUGCCUUAAGCAAAAACAAGUGGUUGGUGAGGCCCAAGCCAAGGCCAAUCAGUUGAGCCUGCAUGCUGAUGGACUCAGAAGGCGGAUAGAGGAACUUCAGCAGGACCUGAGCAGUAAGGAACAGGAGAAGGUGACAGAAGUGAAUAAAGUAAGAGUGGAGUUACAGGAGCAGAUUGGACACCUGCAGGCUGAACGCACAGCACAAGAAGGGCUGAGAGAGAAGAUUGCAGCCCUGGAGAGACAGCUGAAAGCCCUGUCAAGUAAUCACCGAGAAGCACUACUGGACAAAGAAGGUGAAAUCUCCAUGCUGCUGGAGAAGCUGAGAAUGAAAGAGGCUGAGAUCUCCAGGAUAAGGGAAGAAGAAGCGCAGCGAGCAAGCUUCUUGCAGAAUGCCAUCAUGGCAUAUGUGCAGGGCUCCCCCUUGGGAACCCUCAGUCCUAGGAAAUGAGAGUAUGGUGUAAAGAAUCUACAUAGGGUAAGCAAUUCAGGUACAGGCUCUUCUUAAGCAGCACAGUUUUGUCUGAGUGGGGUGGCAUGAAGGAUUGCAAACACAGGAAAAUCUCUCCUGCUCUUGAGAAAUCCUGCUGCUGACAGUAUAAAGGACUGAUGGAAGCCACCAUCCAAGGCUGGAGUAGAGACAGGUGGAUCUGAGUUCAUAAUGUAGAGCCCUUCCCCUGCACUGCUACAGCAUUUGAAGCAGUUUCAAUGUCCUUUUGUACAGUGCCAGUCUGUCAGUGUAUCUUGUCAUUACUAGUGGUGCUGUGUGUUCCCUGGGAAGUGGUCAUUCUGAAGCACUUUUUCAGAUGCCAGGGCUGUUCACAAUGAAAUCUUGUGAACGACAAGCAGAAGUAUUGUUUACAGCUCUCUGUAGAUGGGAGCCAUUUACUUUGCUCUAAGCCAUGUACAUGGGGUACGGAAGCUGCUGGAAACACUGGGUUUAGCCACCUGCACUUUGACACGCAGUGCUACAGAUGCAAGCAGCUGCUGACCAGGCUCAGGCAGAUUUGCCUCACCUUGGCUCUUCUUCUACCUAGCCUCUCUUUAGCUCUGGCAGUAGAGAGGGACCUGCUGAGAGGGACCAUGCAGUGACUAUCCAUAUCCUUUCGGAACAGCUGAGUUUUGGCCAUGAUUCAAGCCUUUACAGCAUCAAGUGGCAUUAAAACAGAGAGGGUCAGUUUCUGCUCUUUAUCAUUGUGAACUGCAGCCAUUGGCUGGAAUCCUUGUGGUCAAAGUACAGCAGCAUUUUAUUCCACUGUGACAAAUGGUAAAACUGUCCUGCUGGCUUCUCAGGAUCCUGGAACUGAGUGCUGUUUUCUGGGCCUUGGGCUGGAGAGGUACAGUAGUUCUGACUCACCACUGGGGGAGAUGCUCCUCACAGCACAAAGGAAAAGGAAGCAACAGCCUUUCCUGGCAACCGAAGUCCAUCGAGUGGCAUGGAAAAGAGGGAGGGGAUGUGAGGGGUCUGAACCAGAGAAAGAGGAGAACUUGAGUCCAAUGUGAGAGCCUUCUCUUCCUUUCUCCACUGAGUCUGGUGGGAGGAAAAGAACUUUUAAUGCAUAUUUCAAAAGGCAACUGAAAAAUGAAGCUUUUCUUUCUGUGCGCGCUGGCUGCUUUGUGUUUGUGAUCUAUUUUAAAUACUGAGUUUUGCACUGGUUUUUUUAAUAAAGAGCUUUUGCAUUUUGCCGUAACAUUGGAAGCUGA